AUGAAUAUGCAGCUUAUGAAGGAGCUAUGUGGAACUGUAGAGCUGGACAAUUUGUCAAACAUUUAUGAUAGUUGCAAUCAUCUUGAAGUUACAGAAUAUGUUGAUGACAUCUAUCAGUAUUAUUGGGUUAUAGAGGCACAGAAUCAGCCUAUCAAAAACUACAUGGAGACUCAGAAGGAAAUAACACCCCAAAUGCGUGGCAUAUUGAUCAACUGGCUUAUUGAAGUCCAUUUGAAAUUUGAUUUGAUGCAAGAAACUCUAUUUCUCAUGGUUACACUCCUGGACUACUACUUAACAUUAGCAAGGGUCAAGAAGAAUGAUUUGCAGUUAGUUGGCCUUACUUCACUGUUGUUGGCAUCAAAAUAUGAGGACCUUUUCCAUCCGAGGGUCAUGGACUUACUAAGCAUCUCUGCAGAGUCAUACACAAGAGAUCAGAUGCUGGAAAUGGUGAGCAUGAAUCAUCUUUAAUUUCGUAAAACGGUCUGUU